GUCCGUUCAAGAGACCAUUCGGGCAAAGCAGACAAAACAGUUUCGAUGCGGGAAUGAUCAUUGAGGUUAGCGAUGAUGAAGACACGUCUGAUGAAGAUGAUGAGCUGAGCAGUGCAAAGCCUUUGAUCAAAGCCAGCGCGAAUCUCACCGGCCAACGUGAUAAGAACAUUCGUGACCUGCCACCCUUACGAGACUUCCCACAGCGUUCGGCAGCCUUCAACAAACCGCCGGGCGUCUUCACGCCCCCGCUGGGAACUCCUGGUGUAUCAAGCGAUGCUGAGGAGCUAAGGAGAAAAGAACUGGAGAUCACAUCUCUUAACCAGAGAAUUCAAGAGUAUGAGAAACGCAAAGCCGCACUCAAGGCAAAAAAUCCUCUCACGCAGAGUCAGCCUCAGACCCCGUCUCGGGUAAUUGUGAAGACAGAAAAGGCCGCUGCGGCAUCGCAUGCACCUGCGUCAGGCACAAGCUGGUCUAAGGAACCUGCGGAUCGACGCACUGAGCUCAAGGCUACUCUGACUGCACGCAAUGCCGACAUUGUCGACCAAAAGGCUAGAAUCCUCGAGAUGCAGAAACAGAUGGCCGACAUGCAGCGGCAGUACGAUCAAGACAUGGCAAAUCAACAGAAACUUCGUGAAGAACUCGAAGGUCUGGAUGUCAAUACAGACGGAAUGACACAAUCCGAAAUGGAGGCUAAGAAACAGGAGAUCGACGACCUCCACGACUUGGAGGCUGCUGAGCUUGCGGCCAACGACGUCGCUGCAGACAAUGGCACAGAUGUGUCCAUGAGUGAAGGCGACUCUGAUAGCUCCAUCGACGACAUUGUUCCCGGAACUCAAGUGGCUGUAGCUGUAGAACGUUCGGCAAGGGACAGAGACGCGACAACAUCCAGCCCCGGUCGUGCGCGAGUCCUUGACGACAUCCGCGCUGAUCGCGCUAAAGCAGAGCAGGCCCAUAAUGAAGCUUCGAAUUCCGAUUCUGACUCCGACUCUGGCUCUAGUAUGUCUGAGAGCUCGGAAUCUGAAGAUGAUGGAGAAGAAGAAGGUGAUGAGCAAGCAAAGUCCACAAGCAAGGUCGCAACAGAUGUUUCUGACAGUGCCGGGUCUGACGGUGGAGGUUUGGAAGACUCUAGUAAGUCUUUCAACGAUGAAUUCGCAGCCGCUGGACCCCACGAUGAGCCCGUAUGGCUUUUUGUCAGGAAUGUACCACAAACGGCAACCAAGGCUCUUCUCUCCUCUUUCUUUGGAGCCUUUGAUGUCGAGCGCGCACAUCUCCCAAAGCAACCCACAAAUGGUCGAGGCACAGGCUUUGGCUACGUCAAGCUUCCUCUAUCGCAAGCUGUCACUGCAAUUGACCAGCUCAGUGGACAGCACAUAGAGGGACGUAAAGUCUCUGUUCAGAUCACGAAGUUUGAGCCAAAGUUGUCGCCCUCGCCAUCACCCCAACCGAGUUCUGCUUCCUCCGAGAGCAGCAGUGACGACGAAAUGGAUAUUUCCACAGGCUCCGACUCCGACUCUGAGGACAGCGAAGACGGGAUGAGCAACGCUGCAGCGACAUCCACCGAGCCACAAGAAACCGUUCCUACCGGUACAUUACCAAACGGGGAACUCGCUUCUGAUUCGUCAAGCAAUGAAGAUGAGGACGAAGAUCGAAUGGACCUUGAGUCAUCAGAUGCAUCAUCUGAAGAGUAUUCUCCAGAGCCUGCUGCUGUUUCUGUUUCAUCCCUGCCUCAGUCGCAAUCCAGUAAUAUCAGCAGACCAACCCUUGCUGACGAUUUAGCCCCUGAACUGCAGCCUGCCGUCAAGCAACAAGUUGAUGUACAUGAAGCGGUCAGCACGGCACCCUCGAACGGGACAGCCUUCAAGCCAUACGAGAGUCUUCUUAAGAACUUCAAGGGAUAUCGUUUUCAUCCCGACUACCCUCGUGAUGUCCAGGGUGGAUAUCGUUCGUUGACCUACAGUCAUCAGAUUGACCCCAACAAAGAGCUCUGCCGUUACGAAGUUGCUUCAGGUGUUUGCAAUGAUGACUCUUGCGAAUACCAGCAUUUCCGCGACAUGGCUGUGUCCGGUGCGUCCGAGGGCGCGACCUCCUAAAUUUCUUUUGUUCAUGCAUUCUUCCAUUCUUCCGACUUGUUACCACAGCCGGCGGCCAUGCUUGCUCGGCACGUAUGGUCUACAACACUCCUACGACGUAUUCUGAUUCUAUAUGGUGCGGUAGCUGACUUAGGACACUGACGUUGCAGAUGACGCUCUUCUCGUCCAACUGGGUAUGAACGGCAAUCCCGCCAAAGUCGCAGAAUACAGACAAGGCUUGAGGGAUAUUUUACAGCAAAU